GUGGGUAUCUGCCUGACUAGAUAAGAGGAGAGCCUUCUCGAGCUGUUUCUGACUUGAUUGGCAGCGAGCAGAUCGGAUGGCGCCUCCGCCGUGCCAACCGGAGCAAGCGCGCGUCCGCGUCAUUGACCGGAUCCGCGUAUCGCCGCCGCCAUCUGAGCACGAGCACGAGCACGAGCACGAGCUCCCUCUCACCUUCUUCGACGUGGCCUGGCUCUUCACCGGCCCCGUCGAGCGCCUCUUCUUCUUCCGCCACCCGGACCCCGACUCCACUCUCCCUCUCCUCCGCUCCUCACUCUCCCUCGCGCUCCGCCGCUUCUACCCGCUCGCCGGCACCAUCAGGCCCUCCCCCGCCACGCCCCACGCGCCUUUCCUCUACUCCUACUCCCACGGCGCCGACGCCCUCAACUUCGUCGUCGCCCAGUCCGACCGCCCGGACGACUUGGAUCACCUCGUCGCCAGGGAUCCCAGGGACCUGGCCUGGAUCCGCCCGCUCGUGCCGCAGCUUCCACCGCCGGGGGAUGACGGGGCGUUCGCGCUCGCCGCCGUGCAGGCCACCGUCUUCCCGGGCCGCGGCCUCUGCCUCGGCGUCUCCGUCCACCAUGCCGCCUGCGACGACGCCUCCGCCAUGCACUUCGUCCGCACCUGGGCCGCCGCCUGCCGCCUUGGCGACGAUUCCCAGGCUGCGAUGCCGCCGCCCCCCGUGCUGGACCGGUCCCUCGUCGCCGACCCCGACGACCUGCGCGGAAAGACACUCGCCGGGAUGAUGUGUCUCGCUCCUCCUCCUCCUCCGCCGCCGCCACCGCAGGAGGAGGAGGAGGAGGAGGAGAGGGAGAGGGCCCCACUGGUGAUGGCCUCGUUCCUGCUAACGCGCGAUCAGAUCGGCCGGAUCAAGGACGCGUCGGCAAAGGCGUCGUCUUUCGUGGCGGCGUCGGCCUUGGCGUGGGUGUGCCUCCUCAAGUCCGGAUCUGUGGGCGUCGCGGCCGCGGAGCGCAGCCACAUGCUCUUCUCCGCCGAGUGCCGGUGGAGGCUGACGCCGCCUUUGCCCGCCGAAUACUUGGGCAACUGCCUGCGGCCGUGCUUCGUGGAGGCCGCCACGGCAGACCUCCUCUCUGGUGAAACAGCGGACGGCGUGGCGGCGGCGGCUGCGGCGAUCGGGAGGGCGAUACGGGAGAUGGAGCGGGGCGUGCUCGAGGGCGCAGAGGGGUGGCUGGGCAGGGUGCUGUCGGUGCUGCCGGAGCGGCCCAUGUCGGUGGGCGGGUCCCCGAGGCACGGUGUGUACGAUACGGACUUCGGCUGGGGUCGGCCGGCGAGGGUGGAGAUGGUGUCGGUGGAGAAGACGCCCGGGACGGUGGCGCUGGCGGAGAGCCCCGAGGGUGACGGCGGCAUCGAGGUCGGGGUCGUGCUGCCGCGGGACGCCAUGGAUGCCUUCGCUGCUUGCUUUGGCAGCAUCUGAAUCUAUCUGCUUGCCUUGCCUUGCCUUGCCAUGGAUCUAUCUGCUUCUUCGCUCCUUCCUUGUAUCUUCUUCCUUCUUGUAUGUGCUGCAACAAUCUCGAUGAAUUGUUUGACAUUAUUGUUGUUGCAAUAAGUUUUCUCCUCCCAAAAUAAAAUUGCGUUGCAAUCAAUUUGAAAGCACCUAACCUUCAGCAUCGGCUCUCCUCCACGUCGUACUAGGUGCAACCAGUCGGCCCGAUCUAGCUUCUUGUUCCCGUUGAUUGGUGUUAAGAUACUCUGGCCCCUUCCUCUCUCAUGCAAUGGAUGGGAUUGCUAUGAAAAUCACAAGAGAGUGGUGAUUGUAAUAUCAACCGUACGACUAUAUUUGAAGUUCAUAUUUGAUGAUGUCAAAAUAGCAUCAUCAUUUUACUAUGCUAUCAAUGAAAAAUUCCUUUCCAAUUUA